UCAAAAAUUACCAUUUGUAUCACAGAUAACUUGACAUUUUUGCCUUGUGAUGUUGCUGAUGUCAGAGACAAAACAGCACGGUGGUAACAGCUUGUUUCGCCGACAAAACAUGUUUUACAGCUGCUGGUUCCGUGGUAGCGUAUGAGGUCAACAACGUGAUGUAGCCGAUGAAAUGGAGUAUGAUGAGAGACUUGCGCUUUUCCGCCAAACCCGCCUCAAUCCCUUUGAUCGAGGAGAGGAGGAAGAUGGUCCCCAGGAAGGCAAGACGCCUCCACAGCACGAAUCAAGACCCGAGCUGUUCCCUGGGACCAGAAACCACAGUUCAGAUCGGACCAUGGACCUUGGUCUAGCUGAGGACCACUUCUCAAGGCCUGUGGAUUCGUUUGUGGCGUCUGAUAUUGAACAACUGAAACUGGCCAUAGAGGAAUGUAAAAAGUUGAUCCUGGAGCUGCCAGAACAUUCAGAGAGACAGAAGGACACUGUAGUGAAACUUAUCCACCUUCGUCUAAAGCUGCAGGAACUCAAGGAUCCUGAGGAAGAUGAGCCUAAUCUGAGAGUCCUGCUAGAGCAUCGCUUCUCCAAAGAAAAGAGCAAGAGUGUAAAACAGACCUGUGACAAGUGUAGCACUAUCAUCUGGGGCCUCAUUCAGACUUGGUAUACCUGCACAGGUUGCUAUUAUCGUUGCCAUAGCAAGUGUAUGAACCUGAUCACCAAGCCCUGUGUAAGGUCAAAGGUCAGCCACCAGUCGGAGUACGAGCUCAGCAUCUGCCCUGAGAUAGGAUUAGACCGCCAAGACUAUCGUUGCUCAGAAUGUCGCACACCUAUUUCACUGAGAGGUGUGCCAAGUGAAGCCAGACAGUGUGACUACACGGGUCAAUAUUACUGCAGCACCUGCCACUGGAACGACACAGCCAUCGUCCCAGCACGAGUCAUCCACAACUGGGAGUUUGAACCACGCAAGGUUUGUCGCUCUUCAUUACGCUACCUGGCCCUGAUGAUGUCACGACCUGUGCUACGACUGAAAGAAAUCAAUCCGCUGCUGUUUAACUUUGUGGAGGAACUGGUAGAGAUCAGAAAACUUCGUCAAGAUAUUCUGUUGAUGAAACCCUAUUUUAUUACCUGUAAGGAGGCAAUGGAGGCUCGGCUACUGCUACAGCUACAAGAUCGACAGCACUUUGUGGAGAAUGAUGACAUGUACUCACUACAGGAUUUGAUUGACAUCUCCAGUGGCAGACUCAGCUGUUCGCUUACAGAGAUCCACACGACUUUUGCUAAACACAUUAAAUUAGACUGUGAGCGGUGUCAGGCCAAAGGAUUUGUGUGCGAACUGUGUAAGGAGGGAGACAUCCUGUUCCCUUUCGACAGUCACACCUCAGUCUGCAGCGACUGCUCUGCUGUCUUCCACAGAGAUUGUUACUAUGACAACUCAACAACUUGUCCACGAUGUGCCCGGAUGACUGAGCGCAAGCAGGAUCCUGAGUCUGAUGUUCAAGGCUAACUCUGGGGAGGUCCAAGCAAUGUUAAUGGAUGUUGCACUUUUCCUCUAUGUCUGGUUUGGUUUGUGCGUAUGUUGGUACUGCAGCCAUCUUCCUCUUGCGGUGCACUACAUUAUGAAGCAGGGUACUAACAAACCCAGCUGGAAAUUAAAAACACAUUAAUACUGGAACUGGGUGUACUGAACACAGUUUGUAUGUUGUGUGAAUGAUGUGCAUUCGUGUGUAUCUGCUUGUAUAAAUGUAAAGAUACUAUAUAAAGGCCAUCAGUAGGUGAUUGUGCAUGCCGGAGUUGUUUAGUAGUUUAAACAUCGGCCUCAGUUAACCUGCAGUGAGCUGCCAAUGUUGCUGAAUUUAACCAAAAGGUUCCAGUUGAUUUUUUUUUAGUUUAAAUUUUUUUUAUUAUUACGACAAAUCAUUCCAACAUUCUUCAGCAUUAGUGAUUGACCCUUUUUGCUGCUCUGUGAUUGCCAAGCAUCAUUCACACCACAGUCCACCACAAAUACAAAGUCCACAUUUUGUUUGAUAGGAAAUUGAGUAAAUCUGGGAUCACUGUGUGAUCAUGACAUUAUUAUAACCUUUUUUUAAUCUGAAGUUAGCCACUAAAUCUAAUGCAGUUUAAACUAACCUUUUUACGUUGUUUGCUUAUUUAACCUACUUGCACCUUAACAUAGCAUAGACUUUAUCAUUGGCUACCCACUUAGAUAUUAAGAAUUAUUUAAACAUUUGUGUUUUCAUACAGUCAUUAAAGCCAUAGUUUGAAACUUUGGUGCUCAUAUUGGCAAACCCAGACAUAAUCAAAGCAUGUCAUGAAAGUACUUUUACUUGUAAGUAUCAUUUAACUGUGAAAGAAAAGGAAAACAGGAGUUUAAUGUGAUUUUCUUUUAUUCAGUUUGAUCGGGGUUUAACCCAGUUCACUUCAGUGUGGUUUGUGGCAAAUAGAUGUCAGUACCCAUGAACAUUGUGUGCCUAUUCAAACAUCCACUUACACUAAUCAACAUGUUAAUUGUUUCAGUCUUAAAGUACUUGUAGUACGUUUUGUCAGGAGAUGACAAAGAUGGUGACAAGUAAAUGUUCUUAUGUGACCUAAAUUAUUUGUUUUAAAAUAAUGAGUUUUUUUGGCUGUGUUUUCUUUCAGCAUGACGUACUGUUUUUAAAUUAUUUUUUGAACUAAAGGACACAUGGUGUUGCUAAAAACCAUGUCCUGUUAAGUCAUGUGGAGUCAUGCAUGAAUAAAUGGAGCAAUGAACUAAA